AUGGCAUCUAUGCCCGUCAUGCCCGCCUUCCAACAGGAUCACGCCUGGGUCGAACGAGAGAACCGAUCCAAUGCUGUUCUAAACCAGGAACCUAUCCCUCAGUUGGUCAAGCCCGGAAAGCGCGGUCGUAAGGGAGGCGUCAUCUCUUCCCCCAACCCCAAGCCAAAGACCACCACUGCAGCCAAAGACUCGAGUCGCUCUGAACGCUCUCUGGGCAUGUUGACUAAGCAGUUCAUCCAUCUCCUCAAGGAAGAGCAGGGAACCCUCGAUCUCAACCAGACCGCCAACAGACUCGGUGUUCAAAAGCGCCGCAUUUACGACAUCACCAAUGUCUUGGAGGGAAUCGACUUGAUCGAGAAGUUCAAGAAGAACAAUGUCCGCUGGAAGGGCGUCACCUCGACCAACAACAAAUCGACCGCAGGAUGCAGACAGGCCGCGUCUGGAAUCAAUCGCCAGCGGAGGGACGAGUUGUUGCAGGAGAAGGCCCGCCUCGAACAGGAACACAGUCGCCUCGUCCAGAUGAGAGCCCAGGUGGACGGUGCGAUCAAGGACACCCUUACCAACGAGAACACUGCUCGCUAUGCCUAUGUGACUAUGGAAGACAUCAAGAGGGUCGAUUCUCUUCAGGAUUCGCUUGUCUUGGCCGUUUCUACUCCCUACGAGACUUACAUGCAGUUGGAUGACCGGUCGACUGACCCAUCCCAGCCGUUCGUGAUGAACUUGGAGCACAAGACCGCAGCUGGAGAUGUCAACUUUAGCACCUUUGUUGUCCCACCCCGCUGCCCUGGAUCACCCUUUUUGUCCUCGGACUCUUCGACCGAGGGGUCGACUGACUACUCCUCCUUGGAUGACUACUCUUCUUCGGAAUCCUCGACUGACGAGUCAGACUAUUCAUCUUCCUCGGAUGAUUACAGUGACGAGUCGUCGGAUUGCUCAUCUUCUUCGGACGAGGAUGAUGAGGACUCUGAGCAGCCCCUCCGCAAGACCUUGAUUGGCAACCACGCCGUCAUCUCGAGUUUGCCUCAGCAAGACAUUGUUACCAUCUACAGCGCCGCGAUGGAGGAGGAGGAUGCCAGCGAGACCGAGUACAUGAGCGAGUAA